AUGAGAGCACAGUCAAAUCGGUCUAGAGAAACUGUUAGUGAUGUUGAUAAAAACAAAGAAAAACGACAACGACUGAAAAAGAUUUUAAAACCAAUUAGGAAAUGUGGUCCAUUUAUCAUAAAUCCAUGUUGUUGUUUGACAGCAUUAUUGCUAACAUCGCUCGCUUUAAUACUUUUGGGUGGUCUUACAGGACUUAUUGUGUACUUGACACACAAAGACUCUAAAAUCAUCACCACUACUACAACAACAACAACAACAACAGCAACUGUGUGUAAUCCAACUUGUUUACAUAAUGGUAAUUGUACCAGUCCAAAUACUUGUGUAUGUUAUAUUGGUGGUUUUGGUAAUAAAUGGCAAGGUUCCUAUUGUCAAGACCCUAUACCAAGUAUUAUUACUCAAAUUACAGAUACAUAUUAUGCAAUAUGUAAGACAACGGCCGGUGGAGAUAGUAUAGCAUCAACACCUGGUCUCGGUAUUUGCCAAUAUACCAGUGGUGUUCGAGAUGAAAAUCCAUUAAAUGCUGUUGAUGAAGAUGUUACAACAAAAUAUGUAAAUUUUGGAUGGGGUAACAUAUCAACAUCAAGUGCCACACAAGGUGUUGGUACAGGAUUUUAUGUUACCCCAUUGAAUGGUGUAUCGGUAUUGAAAGGAAUUUUAUUUGCAACAGCCAAUGAUGCAGAAGAACGUGAUCCUCUGAUGUGUACAAUUGAAGGUAGUAAUUAUACAACAUCAUUACUUAGUAAUGGAUAUACAUGGACUCUUUUGUAUUCGGGUACAAC